CUCUCCUCUGCUCUCAAUCGACCGCUUACCUUAACCUACACACAGAGAGAUCUCUGAAAGUCAGCAAGUCUCUCUCUAUCUCUCUUUGUGUAGCAUCAAUGGCAAUAGCGUCUUGCUUCUUCUGUGUUCCUACCCCGAAUACAUCUAUCUCUGAAUCCAAUCUCACAUGGCCUCACCUCGCUUCAUUUCCUAGACUCUCUUCAUCCUCUUUUAACGGUGUAAUCUCUGCCAAGUCCAUCUCUUUCAACCGCCGUGUCUCCAUCACCCCUGUUUUAUCCGCAUCGAUUGAUAACGGCGGCUCUGAUAACAUCGGAGGAGGUCAUGGUGGCGGUGGCGGUGGCGAUGGAGGUAAGAACAAUGGAGAUGGAGAAGGUGGCGAGGACAGGGAUAGGAACAGGAACGAGGCGAUGCUUUUGUUGACGGAGUCCGGGACUGGAUUGGACACUCUUCCUAAGGAUCUAGCGGCUGCUAUUGAGUCGGGUCGGAUUCCUGGAUCGGUUAUUACCAGGUUUUUGGAGCUCCAGAAAUCGGCUGUGAUGCGGUGGCUGAUGCAGUUUGCUGGGUUCAGAGAAAGACUGUUGGCUGAUGAUCUCUUCUUGGCUAAACUCGCCAUGGAAUGUGGUGUUGGCAUCUUCACCAAGACUGCUGCUGAGUAUGAACGGCGUAGAGAAAACUUCUUCAACGAACUUGAAGUUGUCUGUGCCGAUGUGGCGAUGGCUAUCAUUGCCGAUUUCAUGUUAGUUUAUCUUCCUGCUCCUACCGUUUCUCUUCGACCACCUCUCGCACUUACUGCUGGAGGUAUAUCCAAGUUUUUCCACAACUGCCCAGACAAUGCCUUCCAGAUUGCUCUUUCUGGAACCUCAUAUACUCUCUUGCAAAGGCUAGGUGCUAUAACGCGCAAUGGAGCUAAGCUGUUUGCAGUUGGCACCACAUCAUCUCUGGUUGGUACUGCUAUUACAAAUGCAUUCAUAAAAGCACGACUAGCUGUGGACCAAACUUCUGAAGGUGAAAUCGAAACUGUUCCAAUAGUCUCCACAAGUGUUGCAUAUGGCGUCUAUAUGGCUGUUUCUAGCAACCUAAGGUACCAAGUAGUGGCUGGUGUGAUUGAACAACGUCUCCUGGAGCCAAUGCUACACCAACACAAACUUGCACUCAGUGCAUUGUGUUUCGCAGUUAGAACAGGAAACACAUUCUUGGGUUCCUUAUUAUGGGUGGAUUAUGCACGCCUCAUUGGUAUCCAGAAAUCUCAUUAAUGAAGCAGAAUAAGAACCGGAUGUGCUGCUGGAUUCUGACUUGGUCUUCAGACUUAUGUAUACACAAACUACUUUGUCUUUCAUACGAUUUUUCUUCUUUGGUCCUAUUUCUAGAAAAUUAGUCGAUUUUUCCAUGCAAACUAAGGCUAUUUUCACGAAGCACAAAGAUUUUUAUGCAUUUGGGUUUGAAACC